GUCAUCGAUUUCCCAUAGUCAAUUAUCGUGUUUACCUCGCUUCCCCAGCUGGUAUAGAGUGCCAUGAAAAUGAACGCAGAGCCUCCACACCCGGUCUUUCCAUCUCUUGUAUAUCCGUGUUCCUGUCAAUAUUUAGCAAAAUCAAUUAAACCCAAAGUGAAUUCCAAUAAAGAGGAAACAACUUCAACUAACUGAGCAUGAGACUGCGCUUCCAAUCAGCAUGCAGCAAUAAUAAGUGGCUUUUCUCAGGAAUGUCAAACACAAUUUCCUGCAUGUGUACUGUGCUCAUUCUUAUCCACUCUUGCUUUGGCGCUAUUGCAUGUAAUCAGAUGCCUUAUCAUGAAUUUCCGGACAGUUACCCGAAUAUUCCUAACAGCAAUGCUUCUUAUCGCCAAAUCUGGUUCGACCACACGUUGCCUAUCAAUGAAACAUUUAUUAGAUGGCGUUUAAAGCACACAGCCAAAGUGUCUUACUUUAAGAUCCAUGACCUACAAACUGGUGAGGUGUACUUCGAGUGCGCACUAGGACCUCCUGGUCCUGGAGAAUGCUGCAUCCAGAACACGGGGUUAGACCAGCUGAAUGAGAGUGAGCAGUGUGAACAGCGAGUGUUUAACUUGGAAUUUCUUACCCAUGAGUAUCACUUUGUUUAUCAAUCCAGGGGAGCCAGACGUCCUAACUGGAAGCGGUCGAUUGUGAAUGCCUUCGUGUUUACACCUGCUGGUUGGAGACGUUAUUUCUUCUCUUGGCCUAGUAACUUGGACCGUUUGGUUUGCCCUGAACUCGCUCGAGUUGGCCACGCCGCAUCUAUGGACAAUAUAGCUCAUGCGAUUUCCAAAGUGGAAACACACACGUUAACCUAUGACACCUUCCUCGACCAUGAAGUUCAGCUGAAUGCGGACGAACCCCUGUUGUUGAGCGUCCGCUCAUUCACGAAUGUACCGACUCAGGCAACUCGAGUGUAUGUGUUCGGAUACGACGAGGCUAGUGGUAAAUUUGAUGUUUCUAUUGAGGAACCAAUAAGAUCGGUCGGUAUGCAGCCUGUAGUUCAAUACUUCACGGAACGCAUCCAACUAGUCAGUGACUACGUAUCCCACAUGCGUCAACAUGAAUUCAAGAUUACAAUCGAACGAAAACAUCGCGCGCUGGUUAUCAUAGCUUGUGACUGUUGCCACGAAGGUGAAGACAUGCUCUUCACUUUGAUGUAUGAAUGGAUUGUGAGGAAUAACAAGUCGGCAACAUUCCAGUGGACGUGCUUUACGUCACCUGGUAUACGAGCCGUCAGAGUGAACGCCGUCCCAUACACCGUAUUGCGUAUAAACGAACAUGUACGGAUUCCACUGUCCUUGAAGUCGAACUUAUCCGUUACAUGUCGCAGAGUCAGAACACUUGGCAGUGGAUCUGAGGUGGCACACAGGCUAAAGUAUUCGUCUGGCCUCGAAGGGCUUGUGUUGUCUAACGCUACCGUUCUCGACAGCGGCAUGUACACAUGCACUGUAGCGCACCAUAGAAAUACUUUAAUCCGUGAUCACUGGGUUAUAGUUUUACCCGGACGCGGUGACGUACACCUGAGAUUUAUCAGAACCAUGGCCGAGCUGAACACUACGGAACCGGCUGAGAAAGCCAGGUCACAGGUGAAUGAAGUACUUUUGUUCACUGAAGUGGCACCGUUGGUCGUAUGCUCUUUCAACUUGUCCGCGUCAUAUGAUAAUUACGAUGGUGUCGACUUGGUAGAUGCGCUCACACGUGAAGAUGACUUCGAAAAGGUUCAGCUGAUCCGAAAGGAGGAACGCCUCGAAGGUGAGAUGAAGCACAUUACGACUGUUUACUCAAUUAAUCCAUCGCCUGUGGGUGAAACGAUGAACGAACACACACUUAGCUGUAUCUUCGAGUACAAACCAAAGGUUGGGAUGGUGCGUGCCGACAUAUUUUCCUUUACAGGCGAUCGCGCGAUUCGCAGUCAACGCAGGUUAUUCUACACAAACAGCAUUCAGCCGCAAAUCAUCACCGCACAAAUCCAAACUAAUAUGACAGAACUGACCAAAUCACUCAGAAGCGAACGCGCCGCAUCUCGCCGCAUAAUUGCACUACUCGCCAAUAGGAUUGCCAUGCCACUUGUUACUGCCACUGUAACUGGUGAGUUCGCCGCCAUUCAUUUGGACCCAGGUGGUUGGGCUCAUGUAUGGACUAUUUCUGACAACGGCCAUGAGGACUGCAUUACAUCUGGGACCGCGUUAACAGUAAAGCAUCGGUUCAGUAGGGUCAAUCAUGGAGGGUUCCGACGUCCUGUAUACAAUCGAAUGUGGAGCUAUCAAUUUUCAUGUGUGCUGAGACCCCUCACAAGAGCCCUCAUCCUGAACGUGUUUAACGCAGUGCGCGAGGAUAUCAACAAACCGGAAUUGACAGAACAAUAUCAGAUUACGGUCGGUUCUUUGUUCAACCAAUACAGUGGGGCGAACCUAACUCAGGUGGGUUAUAUGUUCUUGAAUGACACAAUUCAAACUACAACUUCCCAUAGAAUUGCAAACAUGAACAUCCGGUCGGUCGCUACAGGUGAUCGAACUCAUCCGGUGCUUCUACAAGGUCACGAAUAUUCAACUACUCCUCGGCUCUUUGACAAUUUUAUCCACGCUGGACAGUGGAAGUGGCGAGCAGUGGAUUUUCACGCGUCAGGGCCACGCAAACAUCUCCUAGAACAAACAGCAAAUUUAUCCUUUGUGCUGCAUUUGGGCAAACCAGAGGGAUCCACUUUUAUGUGUACCCACACUGCGGAUUCGAAAACACAUACGACUUCUGCAGAAAUUUGCCCCCAGGUAUCAAACCAUUUGGUGCAGUGGGAAAGUGAUUUUGUAGUAAAGGAGAAUUUCGACUCCAGGCUCAGCUGGUCGAACGUUACGUACACAUGUUCCAUCCGGGCGGAAACAGUGUCCUUAAUGAUUUGCGUUAUUCAACCUGCCACUCCAAGCUCAACCGAUUUGCGAACGGAGGUCAUGAAGACAAUGGGAAAUAGAAUCAAAUUCUGGAUGAAAAAUCCUCGGAACAAGGACUAUGGGACGAUGCUCCAAUAUGAACAGCCCACCUUAAUUGUGUGUCGCAUUCAACGAGUACGAAGUGGAUGGACAGCCUCGGUUAAGGUAGGCCAAUACUGGAGUAUGUUAUUGCCACCACAGCACGAUAAACAUUUGCACUGUUUCCGGACUUCAGCAGACGGUCAAAAGCCUCAACAAGUGUGGUACGCUUAUGUUACCGCAGUGGUGGCGUACAAGUCACCGAGUCCAGCAAAGGCGGGCGACACAGGCACCUAUCACUGUAGCAUGUCCGCUUGUAAAGUUGGUUGUCCAAGGCAAAUGCUAGGAUACGCUAGACGUCUACUGGUGCUUCCGACGGUGUGGUCGAUGUCGAUGUACUACUCACAAGUGAAGCUCUCAGUAGACAAGGAGGACAGCUGGGAGGAACAGCAGUCGGAAAAUGAACUGUUGCAUGGACAAGUAGGAUAUGUUUAUUGUCGUUCAGAUCCCUUUCCUGGCUGGCCAGGUUUAACUAGCUUGCAACUCCGCCUGACGGCUGAAUCAGCCGAUAGAGGUAGGACAAGCAAACAGCUGCCAGUAGGGAGACUAGCAACCAUAAAUUCAAAUCUUGCAAUUUUCACUGUCAGCAUGGAUAGACCCAGACCUAAGUACACACACCUGAUAGCUCAAUGUAUUUUGACAGUUGAUUCGAACAUGCUGGAUGAAAUAGAUCUGCGGCGUGGAGAACAGAUUGACCCAAUUACUCGGAAUUUGACUAUCCGUCUAAAAUAUGAGUACCCAUUCGAUAUCUUCAGUGAAGUUAUACAUACCAAGGACCUUCGGAUGCGCGAUAUCCUGAUUAGAACACCACCCAACAUUCGUUCACGCGCGGAGUUUGACAUUUCCCCUAUAUACACCUUCGAGUCUGGAGGUCUCCAUAAGGUGUCAAUGAUUGUUGCCUUGGGUACGUUAGGUGGUCAUGUGAUCGUGCAGUUGUAUGCGAAGAAUAACAUCACCAACGAGCUACAAGAGGACCCUUGCACUAUCUACUCAGCAGUAAAGCUGACCACAGAUAAUGUUCCGGAGAUUAUACGCCCAUACUUUUCCGAUUUGCACAAGGCCGUAUUGAUGAAUAUUUCAUUCGGCUGCGAAGUUUCGUCUCACCAUGUCGCUCUGGCAGUGAUGGCGCACACAAAUGAUUCUUCCGAGGGUUUGAUACGCGAGGCAAUGUUCCGGAGACUGCUGCUUUGGACUUCCGACAAAUCGAUUGGAUCCACCGCGCCGGUUUCUGGUCAUCUGCCUCAAAACAAUGGUCGGGUGUCGCCUGAUACUUUGAGCCGACAACACAUUGCGUCGGUUCUCAUGCGCAUGAGUCACCAGAUGUCUGAUUUUGACCUGGAUGAUGACGAUGACGAACCUCCUCCUGUAAGCUUCGAUGAGGAUGUGUUUGUUUAUCCUAGUAUGCACGAGUUCGAGAGGAGAAAUUGUGGAUAGCCCAUUUGUAAAAACUUAUGAUUCGCAGUUCAAACUUAAGAUUUUGUAAGCCCAACAUGCUCACUUGACAACAGCUCCUCACUGCGAAUUCUCUAGGAAGUAUCUAAUGCGAUUGGCUUAGAAGGACCUAGUCUCAUCAGUAUGCUGACUAAUCGCACGUAUGGUUCCGAAUAGUUGGCUUAUCAAUUAAAACUGUGCGCGCUGCUUUCGUAUUCACGGCGUCCUCCAGGGUAACUUACCACCAGUCUGCAGCGCGAACAUGCAAAUAAGAAUUAAACAAAAAUAAAAUGAUCCUCUUUAU